GUAUUUUGGGGAACAGAUCGGGGAGGUGUUCACAGAGGAGGAUUUCCAGCUGUACAAAGACGUGCGUGGGCGGAUCCAGGCGGUGAUUGCGGAGACGUUUGGUUUGAACCCGGCUCUGAUGUUCCUCACUAAGCCGACUUUCUUCUCCAGAAUCAACAGUACCAUCGCCCAGACCCAACACGACGAGUACUGGCACCCGCACAUCGACAAGGUGACGUACGGCUCUUUCGACUACACCUCACUCCUCUAUCUGUCCGACUACGGCUCUGACUUCUCCGGAGGAAGAUUCAUCUUCAUGGAUCCUAAUGGCAACCGGACCGUGGAGCCACGAGCAGGACGAGUCUCCUUCUUCUCUUCGGGCACGGAGAACCUCCAUCGGGUGGAGAAGGUUUCAUGGGGAACGAGGUUCGCCAUCACGGUGUCCUUCACCUGCGACCCCGCGCACGCCAUCGCUGACCCCGCCAUGCCCUAAAUGUGGGUAUUGGGGGUGGGGAGACCCUGCAGAGAGGAGGAAGAGAGACUUUACUCCGGCUCAACGGUCCAUAUCUGACAUUUCCAUUUUCAGAUAUUGACUCGCUGGAGAAAAGCACACAGGCGUUCACCGUUUCCCUUCCUUUGGUUUCAUUUUGCACAAUUGAGAAACAUUUACUAUGAUUUUUGACAGAUUUUCUGACCACCUUGGCAUCGUUCUCUCUGUAGAGCUGUUGUUUCUGACUUUCUAACUGAUCUUUUGGGUUUUAUACAUGUUUCUACAGCUGUUUCCAUUGUUUCUUGCACCAUUAAGAAGGUUAGAAUUCAGUUUUACUCCCAACAAACCCUGCAGAGAGGAAGAGAGACUUUUCUCCGGCUGUACGGUCCAUAUCUGACAUUUCCUUCCACUUUCAGAUAUUGACCUGCUGGAGAAAAGCACACAGGCGUUCACCGUUUCCCUUCCUUUGGUUUCAUUUUGCACAAUUUCGAAACAAUUACUAUCAUUUUGACAGAUUUUGUGAUCAGUAUAAACGAGGGAUUUAUCAUCUUUUCAUCAUUCUCUCUGUAAAGGUGUUAUUUCUGACUUUCUAACUGAUCGAUGUUUCGACAGCUGUUUCCAUGUGUUUCUUGCACCGUUAAGAAGGUUAGAAUUCAGUUUUAGUUUUUGCACGAUUAUGGAUUGAUGAGGGAUUAAUCACUUUUUGCAUAAUUAUUCUCAAUAUAAUUGAAAAAUACAUAAGAAAAUGCUCAUGUUGUGAUUUCUUAGGAAGAGAAUAAGGGUCAAGCGACAUUUCUUUUAAGAUCCGACCAAAAGUUGAUGUGUUUUUUUUUGUUCUGAGAAAAAAGUCAGAAUUCUGUGAACAAUUUUUUGACUUUUUUUCUCUGAAUUCUGCGAUUAGAGUCAGAACUGACUUUGUGUCGCGGUUUCAGAAUUAUGACUUUUAUUCCAGAACUUGAAAAAAAGCUCUUUUGGUCACAUCUCAAUACAAGCUGGAAUAUCUCUGCAUUUCCACCUUUAUCAAAUACUGUGCUUCCUGCCAUUUAAAUAUUGCACCCGUCCAUUUCCCCUUUCUGUUACACUUCUGCCUUUUCUUUUUGAAAUGGUUUAAUUUCUUGCUGACUUUUGGUUUUUUUUUAUCAAAUGUUUCUACAGCAGUUUCUUUGGAUCCUGAAACUCACGCUCUCUGUGUCUCCUCGGUGUUUGGCGCCUCUCGGUUUAAAAGAGGCUAACGAUGGGUUGUGUGUUUUCUCUGUGUGUUUCGGUCGAAGCCUCGAAUAAAAGAGAUAACUGGUGAUUCGGCGAUUGAAUCAUUACUCUCUGACCCAGGAGGUGUUUUCUUCUGAGAAGAACCCGCUGGAGGGAUUUCUCUUUUUAGUUUGUUACCGUUUACUUCAAAGUGUUCGGGGAGGGCGCUUUGAAAUAAAAUACUGACAGUAAAAAAUAAA